GGACAUGGUUAUGAGAUUGGCGGAAUGAGGUUGGAGAAUUGAUCGAGAGAGUGCGAAAUCAAAAUCCAAAAUCCAAAAACCAAAAACCAAAACCAAAAACACCAAUUGCGUUGGGACCAUUCACCAUUCACCAUUCACCGCCUUGUCUUCUUCUUCUUCUUCCGUCUCUCCGAAUCACGGAACAAUCUAUCUGAAUCGCGGAGUUAAGAUAUGCAACAGAGGCUGAAGUUGCAGCAACAACAAGCCCUCAUGCAGCAAGCCUUGCUUCAGCAGCAGCAGAUGUACCACCCUGGCAUGCUCGCCGCUGCCAUGUCUCAGAUGGAGCCUGUUCCAAGUGGAAAUUUGCCUCCUGGUUUUGAUACUUCUGCAUGCCGUAGCGUUUAUGUAGGAAAUAUUCAUGUAAAUGUCACUGAUAAACUUCUCGCAGAAGUUUUUCAGAGUGCUGGUCCUCUUGCUGGCUGCAAGCUCAUAAGAAAAGAAAAGUCCUCUUAUGGUUUUGUGGACUACCAUGAUCGAGCAUCUGCGGCCCUUGCAAUAAUGACAUUGCAUGGACGACAACUAUAUGGUCAAGCACUCAAGGUGAAUUGGGCAUAUGCAAAUAGCAGUAGGGAGGACACAUCAGGGCACUUCAAUAUAUUUGUCGGUGAUUUGAGUCCAGAGGUUACUGAUGCAACUUUAUUUGCUUGCUUCUCAGUCUAUCCUAGUUGUUCUGAUGCAAGGGUUAUGUGGGAUCACAAAACUGGUCGAUCAAAAGGAUAUGGUUUUGUUUCUUUCCGUGAUCAUCAGGAUGCCCAAAGUGCCAUAAAUGAUAUGACAGGCAAGUGGCUGGGAAAUAGGCAAAUACGAUGCAACUGGGCAACUAAGGGUGCUGGUACCAGCUCCAAUGAAGAGAAGAGCAAUGAAAACCAAAAUGCUGUUGUGCUUACAAAUGGAUCUUCAGAUGGUGGUCAAGAUAAUAAUAAUAACGAAGAUGCUCCCGAAAACAAUUCUUUAUACACCACAGUUUAUGUUGGCAACCUUCCUCAUGAUGUAACACAAGCUGAACUCCAUUGCCAAUUCCAUGCACUGGGGGCUGGGGUAAUUGAGGAGGUUCGAGUUCAAAGGGAUAAGGGUUUUGGAUUUGUUAGAUACAACACUCACGAUGAAGCUGCCUUGGCCAUUCAGGUGGCUAAUGGAAGAAUAAUCCGUGGGAAGAGUAUGAAGUGUUCGUGGGGUAGUAAACCAACUCCUCCUGGAACAGCUUCGAAUCCACUACCUCCUCCUGCUCAACCAUAUCAAAUACUUCCGACUGCAGGGAUGAACCAAGGUUAUUCUCCUGCUGAGUUGUUGGCUUAUCAGCGCCAACUGGCCUUGAGUCAGGCUGCUGUAUCUGGUCUUUCAGGUCAAGCUCUUCUACAAAUGACCGGACAACACGGCCUAGCUCCUGCUUCAAUGGGCGUAAACUCUGGGGGAUCUCAAGCCAUGUAUGAUGGAUAUACCGGUAAUUCAUCAAGACAGCAGCUUAUGUACUAUCGUUGACGCUUGGGCUUGUGCAGAUUCACAGUUGCUUUAUCAUCUUCUGGGGGACUUUGAUGUGCCAUCACAUUUCUCUUUGGUUCCCCACAGCAUGUCCUUUUCAUACUGGGCUUUUUCUAUUGGAGGUAUUGUGGCUUGAUAUUUACUUAGUUUUUACGUCGUGUUGUAAUUUGUAUUGUUUGAUCUAACGAGGAUUUUAUGACUCAGAAAAAGGGAUCUAUGUUUUGCUAGAAAGAGAAGCGAAUUUUAUGUUUGGGUAGUUUUAAUUUGUUAUUGUGUAUUAUAAGUAUCGACUCAAGAUCAUGUUAAUAAUUCUAUGCCUUUUGUUUUCCUUU